UUGGUGAGUUUUUCGAAGCAGUUGAAUUUUCAAAAAUAAAAAUAAAAACAUUUUUCACGUGACCUUGAAUUUUACAACAAAAAUUCCACGUGAAAAAAUUUCAAAAUGUUUAUUUCUCAAAUUUUCAAAAUUCAAAUUCGGUGAGUUUUUCGCUCCAAAAUAAAAAAAAUUCAAAAUUUUCCAGCUUCAUCCUACAAUAGUUGUCUUCAUUAUCGCUCAAUUUGCAUUCAAAAUCAAACAUGUUAUGAAAAUUUGCAAAAAUUUCAAAAAAUCCUGCGAUUUCGAUCUCAAUUUUUGCACCGGAAAUUCGCCGUCCGAUUGUGUUUUUAAUUUACGCGAAAUUCGCCGACAUUUUCCCACUCAAACUUGCGCAUGUUUUGAGAGUAUUGGUGAGUUUUUUGUCGGGAAAUUUGCAACAUUUCAAAACCAAAUUUGGCUAUUUUUGGUGAAAAACAGAAUUUUUCAUGCUUUUCUGGGUUUUUGAGCCUGAAGAAUUAUCAAAUUUCUUACAGGCUUUUCUCAAGAAUGCGACUAUUUUCGACAACUGAUUUGGAAUCAUCCUUGCGAGCGAAAAAUGUUGGAUUAUGGCGAGGAAAUGCAGAUGAAACAUCGAUAUUUUCAGCGAAAACAUCGACUGGAAAUAAUGGAAAAUGGGGUGGAAAGUGAGUUUUUUUCAAAAUCUAGGGAACUUUCCGAGUUUUUUUGACACCAAGUGAGCUUGGGUUUCGCGCAAAGAAGCCACGUGGCACAAUUUUAGCUGCAAAUUAUUUAUUUUCGGCAAAAUUCGCCCCGAAAAUCCCAAAAUCGCCCAAAAAAUCAAUAAAAAUAAGAGCGUGGCCGAGUCGGUUUCUAGUCCACGGCCACGUAAAAAAAUUGAUUUUCGAAAAAAAUUUUCAUUUUUUUUUCUGUUUCGACCACAAAUCCAUGGUUUUUCUUAGAUUUUCAGUCAUUUUCAGCCGAUUUUUCAAAAGAACUACACAAAACAGUGGCGGCCGAGUCGGUUGACAGGCCACGGCCAUUGGAAAAAUUUCCAAAAUCCAUGUUUUUCCUCGAUUUUAAACUAAUUUUUUGCAGCCUCCUCCAAAAGAACUACACGAACCCCCGUAGCCGAUCAAGUUCAACAAUGGAAAACUCAACUAUCCGGCGAACUUACACGAACUUCUCUCCAAAAACAAACUUGUGAUAAUGCAUUAUAUGAAAUAUGCCUAAAACACGUGUCAUGCUCUCAAUUAUGGGCAAUGUUUCGGCAAAAUUGCGGAGUUGACAAGGAUAAUCAAUGUCAAAUGGCAGAUCGAGAGAUUUGUUGGCAGAGUUUCGAAGGAUUGACGUGGACCGGUUUGGGAGGAUGUAAUUGUGCGGCUUCGAAUUCGAGCGAUUGUCAUUGGAUUAGAUUGCAUACCAAUUAUAAUAAAUGCAUUUGUGAGGAUUUUUGGGGGAACUGCGAGAGUUUUUUGAACAUUUUGAUACCAAAAAUGCCUAAAAAUCUGGAAUUUUCAGCCUAAAUUUGAGUUUUGUUCGACUUUCCAAAAAACCCCUCUCAAAAGUUUCCAAAAAAAAUUUUUGGUCCAAAAUUUUCUCACUAAAAAAUCAUUGGUGCGUAAAAUUGAAUGUACUCUCUUUGGGCCUCAAAAAAUCAAGCAUUUUUUAGCAUCAAAAACUACAGUAUCCCGAGAAGCUACAGUAACCCUAGAAUUUUUUGCAGAUGAGAUUUCGAAAUCCGGAAAUUUUCCAUCACUUUUAUCGCUGGCCGCUCGCCAAAAUCAAGCAGAAGAAUAUCGAAAAAGAUAUGAGAAUCGAGAUUAUACAGUACCCCAAAGUACUGUACCUCCAAGAACUACAGUACCUCCAACUACAACUACAGUACCUCCAACUACAACUACAACAAUACCUCCGAGAACCACAAGAGAACCCCAGAGAACUACAGUAGCACCGAAAGCCACUACAGUACCCUCUUGGUGGAAUCAAAAUCCGCGGGUUACUGUAGCUCCCGAGAGACUACAGUAUACCCAUAAAAUGGAACGAGAAAAUGGAGCUGAAAAUCGAUUUAGAUUGAAAGCUGUGUGGAAAAAUGAAGAAGAAAAAGAGGACACGAGAAAUUGGGCGAAAUCUGUGAGACACGAAUUUGCGACCAAAUUUAUACCCAAGAAAUUUAGUACAAGUGAGUUUUUGGGAGGGAUUUUGGCUGGAAAUUUCGAAAAAUUUGAAUUUUUGGGGGUCUAGGACAUUGUAGGUCUAAUUUUGACGUCGAAAAGGUUGAAAAAAAAUCCUCGAAAAUAUAGGUUUCAAAAAUUUUUCAUAUAAAAUUUUUUUUUGACCGGAAAUAUUUAUGUUGUUUCUCUUUGGAGCUAAAAAUCUGAAAAAAAUGAAAUUUUUCAGCUCAGAUUUUUCCCAUUUUUCCCACACCAAUAUACUAUUUUCCCACGAUUUUUUUGUGCAAAAAUUCUAGCUUUUUCUUUUAUUUUUUCUAUAAGAAAAAAGUUUUUCUUAAGAAAAUUUUGUUUCAAAAAAAGCUAUUUAUUUUUUGACCUGAAAAAAACACUUUUCUUUUUUUCUCGAAAAAAAAAAGGAAAAGUCAUGUACGUAUGCAUAAAAAAAGAGGAAGGUUGAUUUUUGACUUUUUUUUCUGUGUAGCAACUGAACACAAGGCUUUUUCAGCGCUAAAAAUUGUGGAUUUCUUACUGUAGAUCAAUUUUUGACGCUUUUUCUUCUAUUUUCUUUUUUUCUACUAUAAACACAGAAAAGUGAGAAAUUUGACAACCCUUUCCUUUUUCAGCUCUGAAAUUUGAUAGUUUUUGGAACAUUUCUCUUUUUUUCUCUUGAAAAAAUCACGUUUUUAGAGCUGCAAAGUUCUAGAAAAUCUAGAAACUGGUUUUCUAGGCCAUCAGAACUUUCAGAUUGUUAUGAUGGCCUAGGAAACCAAUUUGUUAUUAUUAUAGUUGGAUUUCUUUGUUAUAGUUGGAUUUCUAGGCCACCCGAAAAUUAUCUGGAAAUCAUAAUAAGUACUCUCUAGGCGCUGAUGCUUGAAAACCAGGGUGUCUAGGCACGGCUACUUGGAAUAUAAGCUGUCAAGGCGCCGUACCUACUCAGAUGGGUUCUGAAGGCACUGAGCCUUGCCAGGGUAGACUUCUAAGCGUGUGUCCUUGAUAAUUAUGUUCUCUAGGCUUGACUACUUGUCAUAUAAGAUCUCUCAAGGCGCCGUUCCUAGUCAUAUUGGUUGGCAAGCCGCGGUUCCUUGCCAGAUUGAAGAUCUAGGCGUAUCUCCUUGACAACUAGGUUCUCUAGGAGCGGCUACUUGAAACACAAGUUCUACAGGUCCAAAAAUCCUCUGAUAAUUUUGAAAGGCGCGAAAAAUUGUCUAAGUCACGCCCACAAAUUUGCGCACCUCCUCCGUGUUUUCUUCUUCUCCUUCUACUUCUUAGCCUAAACAGAUGCUUCUUUUUCUUCUUCUUCUUCGUUUUUUUCCACUCGCCUUCUUCAUUUGUGCCGGAAAAAGAAGGAGCAAAAAAAAGACACUUCUUCUUCUUCUUCUUUUUUUUGCGCACUCCUUUUUUUGCCAUCCGUCCGUUUUUAUUAUUUUUCAUUUCAUCAUGAAAAUAAUGAAUAAUAUUAUUUUCUUCUAGUUUCUAUUGAUGAUUUUCUUCCUAUUUUUGCUCCUUAUGGCUGGCGAAUCGCAACAAUAUCAUGUCGAUUUUGGAGGUGGGUCAAAAUGUUUGGCAGCUACUGGGGAUCGAACCUGUGGCCUUGAGAUUGACAGCAGCGAGCACUGACACUGAGCUAGAUUUUCAGGAGUUUUAGGCUCGUCUUUAGGCUGGUCUGACUUAAGCUAAGGCUCACCUUAGGCUUCUCACAGAUCCUCCAGCUUUUCAGGAUUGUCCUAGGCUCGUCUCAGGCUGGACAGAAGAAUUUCAAGAUUCUGAAUUGAUUCCGACGUUUGUUAGGCUUCUCAGAGGCCCCUUCAGCUUUUAGUCUUGAAUCAGGCCUUUGUGCUUUUUUAGGCUGAUUCUAGUCCAGGCUCAGAGAUCCUCCGGGUUUUUUGGUGUUGUCAGAAAAAUUCUUGGAAACAGAUUUUUGAAAAAACCAACUUUUCUGACUCUUCCAGAUGCAAUUUUCAGCCUUGUCUGAUUUUUUAGCUUCAAAAAAUCAUCCUGAAAAUAUUCCAAAGAACACCCAAAAACUGAAAAUAUCGAAUUUCAGGGAAUUUUUGGUCCAAAAAAUUUGCGUUGGAGCGCAUUUGUUGUGCUUCCAAACACAAAAAUAAUCAAACUAAUUGGAUUUUUUCGGAGGAAAGGAAAAGAAAAGCAAUAAUUGGAUUUAGGUGUCGUAUUUUCUUUUUUUGAAAAAAAUUCGUUUUCGGAAAAUUGGGGCGAGCUUCUAGUGUCGAAAAUUUAUCCAAAUUCAAAAUAAACACCAAAAAAAAUCCAAUAAUACUCCAGAAUCGUCUUGCCCGGACGCAAUUCGACGUUGUGAAUCAGUGGAUGAAUGUCGUUGGCAUUUAAGUGAACUUCGUGUAAAAUGUCCUCCAACUUCUUCAUGCCAACGUGAUGAAUGUGCAGCGAGUGUUCAGCGAUUCACACAAUAUGUUCCGUCGACUUUGGUUGAGUCGCUGAUGUUUUGUCAUUGUGCACAAGGAGAUCACGAUUGUGUGUUGAAACAGGUGAGCGUUUUUUUGGAGUUGGGUUUUGGGAUAAUAUUUUAUGAUGAAAAUAUAGUUUUUCCCCCAAAAAUUCUCACUGUUUCAAAUUUUGAUUUUAUGUUUGAUUUAUUAAAAAAUUGAAAACAUUUUUUCAAUUCAAAAAUAAUUGAAACAGUGAUUUUUUUCGUUCAAAUUCUGUCGAAAAUUGAUUAUUUUGUGCCAAAGAAAAAUUCACAGUAAUUUUCCUGAAUAGACGGCUAAAAAUAUUUUUUUUUAAAUUCACUGUUUCAAAAAUUAUGCGAGGAAAUUCCAUAUUAUUUUUUUAAUCACCAAAAAACACAAUUUUUCUCAAAAAUUUAUGCUUUAGAAAAUUCACUGUUUCAAAUAUUUUUGAAUUGAAAAAGUGUGGUUUUGUGGUUUGAUUCAUCAUGUUAUUCCUCAAUUCAAAAAUAUUUGAAACAGUGAAUUUUUCUACCAUAUUUUUUGUAUAGAAUAUUUUUCGAAUUUUUUUGGGAUAAUGAAUUAUUGUGAAUUUUCCUUUAUUAAUUUUUGAAACAGUGAUUUUUUUUGGGAAGAUUUCGAAAACUGCUUUUGAAAUAUUUUUGGCCCCAGAAAAUCUACAGUAUUUAGUUCUCAGAAUUUUCGCAUUGGAUGAAUUCAAAUAAAAUACUUACGCGCCGAAAUUUCGAAAUUUGAAAAAUUAUUUUUUAAAAACUUCACUGUUUCAAAAAUUAUUCAAGGAGAUUCCAGAGUAUUUUUUUCAAUAUCAACAAUUUGAAAAACCAAUAAAAAAAUGCUUGAAAAAUUCACUGUUUCAAAUAUUUUUGAAUUGAAAAAUUGUGGUUUUGUGGUUUGAUUUUCCGUUUUCUUUUUAUAUCUAAUCAAAAUUAUUUUCUGAACAUUUACCAGCUUUACCAGCAAAAUCAAUUUCAUGUUUCACACUUUUUCAAUUCAAAAAUAUUUGAAACAGUGAAUUUUCUAUAGCAUUAUUUUUUUCAAACUAUACUGUUUCGAAAUGUAUUCAGAUUUCUGAAAUCUCCUUGUAUUUAUUUCUGAAACAGUUAAUUUUUUUUGAAGUUUUCGAAAGUUGCUUUUGAAAUAUUUUUGGGGUGAGAAAGUCAAAAAUCUGCCACGUCGCAAUUUUUCGCUCUCGAACUUUGUUUCUAUCCCCAAAAUGAGGGGGUGAAAAUGAAUGACAAAUUACUUUUUUCUUAGCACAAAAACGGAGCUUCUUCUUCUAUUUUUUCUCCGUAUUUUCUUUUUUUUUUUCGCUUCUUGAAGACGACGAUUAUUCUUAGUCUCUUCUCGUUCAAAAUUGCUUUUUCUUCUUCUUUUUUCGUUUUUUUUCGCCUUCGAAAAAUAGGAAAAGGGAUGAGCCAAAAAGCAACGAAGUUUUGUAGAAAGACAAAAACAAUUAGGAUUAGCAGGGGCCUUUUUGACACGGGGUUUUUUGAGCUUUGGGUUGAUUUUCAGACAGUUUUCAGGGGGUUGAGAGUUUUUAGCGUGAAAAAUAGACCUAGGAACGGGAAAGACAAAAAAAAAUAUGUUAAAGAAAAAUUCACUGUUUCAAAAAAUUUUGAAUUGAAAAAUUGCCAAAAUUGAAAAGUUAGCAAAUUGAGUUUAUUUGGCUUCAAAAACUUUGAAAUUUGAAUUUGGUCCAAAAAAUUCACUGUUUCAAAAAAUAUUCAAGAGGAUUCCAGUUUAGAAAAAAAAUAAUUUGGAUAGAAAGGUCAAUUUUUCAAAUAUUUUUUAAUUGAAAAUUUUGAAACAGUAAGAAUUUUUGGGAAAAAAAACUGAUUUCAAGCUGAAAAUCAACUCAAUUUUCAGCAUAAAAAUCCAAUUUUUGAUGUUAGGAAACCAAAAAAUGUUUGUUUUUCACAGGAAGUGAUCUACCCAUCCUGCCUCUACAAAAAUCAAAUCGGAACAUCGACUCCAAGUUGCAAAGACACUGCAAAACAAUGUGAUUUGGAUCCACGAUGUCGACAUCUUCGAAAAGCUCUCGAUUCAAAUUGUCCAGUUCAUAAUGGCGAAUGUCGAAAAUCGAAUGAUUUGGAUCGAUGUCGCAAGAUUUUGAGCCAAGCGAGAGCGACGAUUUUGGAACAACCAUGUGUUUGUAAAUUAUCAGAUAUUGAAUGUUUGAAGAUUCAGAAUUUGGCGAUUCCCAGUAAUCCAUGUAUUGGUGAGUGUUUUAUGAGCAGAAAUAAGGUGUGGGGACUUUUUGGGAUUUUUUUUGCUCUAAAAUUUGAGAUUCUUUGACGCCAAAAGUUACAGUAUCCCAAUUUUUUCUUCCAGAAAGUGCAAUGUUGGAAUAUUCUCGAAUAAUGGGUUACAACAAUCCUUCAAAUCACCAAAACCCACAAAAUUCGCGCGACAAAGAAGAGCAGCAGAGAAAAAUGGCACAAUCGAAUCGCGUUCGCGACGCUGUCGCCGAUAUUAUCUCAACACGAAGUACGAGUACUGUAAUUGUGGCUCCGCCCCUUCCCACGUGGCAAGAGCCUGUGAAAAAAGAGCCCGAGAUGCCGAAAAAAUCGAUAAGUUAUGAACAGGAGAUUUAUGAGGCUGAAGAAGAGCAGAAAAUGAUGACAAUGAAGAAUUAUGAUACGGUAAGUCAGGGGCCCUUUUUUGAUGCGAAUAUUUGAAUUUAUAGUCUCAAAACUUAGCCUAACUCAUAAUUUUCCCUUGCAGAAAAUCGCAAGAUUUAGAAGGAAUACGGUAGGUUUCUGCUAUUAUGCUCAAAAAUCCGUUUUUUUCGUGAAUUUGUGGAUCGAUUAUAUUAUCAUUUUAUUGAGUUACAGUAAACCUGAAUGCUCGACAAAAUUUGUCUGAAAAUCAUUUCCAGCCCCGUAAAAAUCUUCAUGUUUUUCCAGAUGCAAAUGUCAAGUACAAUGAAAUCGCCACAAAUUGAAAGAGAACUGAAAAUGAGCAAGAAAAAAGAAGAGGAAGUUAGCACAACUCAAGCCACGCCCAUUUCCAGCACAACCAAAAAAACUGGAUUGUUCAAUCGGGUUUAUGACAAUAUUUUUGGAGCCAAAGCGCCAGUCUUGACCACUUUGAUCCCGCCAAAACCAACCGAACAUCCGCCACCAUGGAUUUCGACAACAAUUGCACCAAUCACCACAACUACAGUAUACACAACUCCGCCACCGCCGCCACCAGAAGGAUGUCGAGUACGAGAUGCGAAUGGUAGAUAUAUUUUUUUGCCGGUCGGAUCGAUUUUUAGGGUGAGUGAGGGAUUUUUUUUAGUGAAAAAAUCAUGAAAAUUGAACAAUUUUGAGCCAAAUAGCUCUUGGAGCGACUGUAGAUCAAAUUUUCGCUCCAAAUUUGAAAAAUUCAAGAAAAAUGAGCAAUUUUGACCCAAGGAGCCUUUUUUUUGACAAAAAAAUUUUAAAAUUAAUUUUUGAAAAAUUUACUGUUUCAAAAACAAUUCAAUUGAAAAUUGAAUAAUUUAGAUUAAUGAACAUUCAUGAGAAAAAAAACACCUGAAAAAUAUUUUUUAAUAGAAAAACAUGGAAUUUAAGGUUGCAAAAUUUCACUGUUUCAAAAAUUGUUUAAUUGAAAAUUGGAUAUUAUUAUAUUUCCAUAUAUUUUUUGGCGCCAUCGGUUUGGCGCCAAAAAUCAUGAAAAUUGAACAAUUUUGAUCCAAGUUAGGUCUUGGAGCGACUGUAGAUUAAAUUUUCACGUUUUUUUGUUAAAAAAUUCAAGAAAAAUGAGCGAUUUUGACCCAAGGAGCCUUUUUUUGACGAAAAAAUUUGAAAAUUAAAUUUUGAAAAAUUUACUGUUUCAAAAACAAUUCAAUUGAAAAUUAGAAAUGUUAGAUUAAUGAAUCUUUCUGUUCGUAGCAAAAAAACACAUGAAAAUAUUUUUUAUAGAAAAAUAUGACUUGUAAAAAUUUUACUGUUUCAAAACAUGAUUUUCGACAUGUUUUUUGUAGUAAAAAACCGUGAAAACAGGUUUUUUUUAUAAAGAAAAGGCUUCCAAAAAUUUCACUGUUUCAAAAAAUUGUUAAAUUGAGAAUUGGAUAUUUUAAAUUAAUAAUUCUAUGUAAUACGUUACAUUUAAAAUCCACAUAAAAAUUUGAAACAGGUUAUUUUUUCAAAAAAUUCACUGUUUCAAAUAUUUUUUGAAUUAAACAAUAGAAAUUUUCGAUAAAUAUAUUUUUGGAACAUGAGGUUUUGAUAAAAUAAUAUUUUAAUUUCUGUUCUGAAAAAAUUCACUGUUUCAAAGAAUUUUCAAUUGAAAAAAUGUUCAAGUUAGAAUCAAUGAUAAUUGGAGUUUUUCAAUAAAAAUUGGAGUUUUUUAUUUUGAACAAAAACAUGCCGAGUGGCUUUUUUAUUUUUAUUUAGAAAAAUGUUCACUGUUUCAAGAAAAUUGUAAUUGAAAAAUUGGAAAUUCCAUAUUGCUCAUACCAUUUUUUUCAAAAAUCCCUAGUCUCAAAAAUUCUCACAACUUUUUCUUUUUCAGAAAUACCGUGAUCACUCUGGUCGUUGCUCAUUUUGGUGCAAUUGUUUAUCUGAAAACAAUGCACAAUGUCAAAAAUUAACGUGUCACGCACCCGAAACUUGUGAAGCACCCAUGAAAAUAAUGCAAUUUGGCGAGCCAAUUUACAUAAAAAAUCGAGGAGCUUGCACAUGUGAAAAUGGUAUUUAUGUUUGUGAUAAAUCUGAAACAAGUCAUCAAUUAUAUCCUGGUUUAUAUGUUCUAAUUGGAUAUUCUUUGAUGGAUAUUGAAAGAAUGAAACAAGAAGUUCCGAAACCAAUUUUGGAUAAAGCUGGAUUCUCUUCAACAAAAGUGAUUCAUGAUAUUUCGAGUAAAAUGCAAUAUGCUUAUGAUCAAAUAUUGAAAGAGGAUAAAAUGCGGUGUAGAAUUAGUUUGAUGGAGGAAUUUGAUGAACCUGGUAAUGCGAUAUUUAAAGUUGAAUGGUAUGGAAAUGCAACUGCUAUGAAUCAUACAAGAAUGGAUUGGUAUUCUGAUGGAUCACAGAAGGUUGGGAAUUUUGGGCGGGUUUUUGAGGCUGAAAAUCGGAGUUUUUCAUCAAAUUCGGAGUUUUUUAUACUCAAAUUUCAUGGAAAAUCGAUCGAAACUGAAUAAAUUUGGCCUAAAAUUGAUUAUAAGCUGAGAAAAUUGCACAUUUUCGGUGGAAAAUCUUCUUUUAUCUGAAAUUUUCAGAAAUUUGUGGCUCCAGAAAAAACUUUUUUUUCAAUAAAUGUUCACUGUUUCAAUAUUUUCUAAUUAAAAAUUGAAAAUAUUUUGUUCAAUUUGUUAUUGUACCGGCAAGUUAAAAUUCAUAUAAAUUUACAUUUUCCAAUCUGAAAAUGUCUGAAAUUUUCAGAUUUUUCAACUCAAAAACAAUUUUUUACCUAUGAAUUUUUCACUGUUUCAAAAUUUCCAUAGUAAAAAAUUGAAAAAUGUUUAUUUUGAUCUUUCCUUUCUAUUGCCUUUAGAAAUUGAUUAAAUAUAUUUUUCUGUCUAAAAUGUGCUAAAAUUGUUUGAAAUUUUCAGCUCAAAAUUCGAGAGAAAAAAAAAGAAAAGAAAAAAAAUUCUUACCUGAAAAUCUACAUUUUUUCACCUAUAAAUUUUUCACUGUUUCAAAAUUUUCAUAAUAAAAAAUUGGAAAAGUUUAUUUUGAUCCAUUCUUUUAUUUUCCCGCAAUUAAUUAAAUACAAUUUUCAGUCUAAAAAUGUGCUGAAAUUGUCUUUUUCAGCCAAAAAUCCCAAUUUUUGCAGGUGUGUGCUCCAUACACUCAUAAACUCGCCAGUCUUUUUCAACUUCAACAAAGUCCCAGAUUUCAGUUGGCUUUAUCGACAGUUCGACAAGUUGCUGUAAGUUUCUAGGCUUAUUGGGCCCAAAAAUAGGCCUGAAAAGCCUAUUUUUAGGCCUAACCCAACCUAAAUUCAAUAUUUGCAGGUAAUCGAUACCCUCUACGCACUUCCAACCAAUUUUUCUCCUUCCUCCACUUUUUACUUUACAAAAACGGGUUUUUCCACAAUUUUGCUAAUAAUUUUUAUCAUUUUUUCUAGGUAAUUAA